AUUACAACAUUUUCAGGUUAAAUUAUGUGAUUGGAAUGGAGAUGUAAAGAAUGUUCGAGAUAUAGACAUUGCCGAUGUUUUUGUGCAUUUGAUUAACAUUGGUUGGGAUCAAAAUCGCCUUCAUUCCUACAAAGAAGACAAGGGCUAUUUAUUAUAUCAGAACAAUCAUGUUGACAGUGUUCGAGUGUGCUUAUUGGAUUCAGAAUAUUCUUAUAUUAUGUGUAACACAAUGCCAGAAACCCGUCAAUCUGAGUACCCGUAUAGGACAUGGCUACUGGUAAAGGCUGAUGGCUAUAUCAUAUCAGGUGGCUGCUUCUGUGUUGCGGAUGAUGGUUCUUGCAAGCACUGCACAGCCCUGUCAUUUGCUCUUGCAGCUUUUUGCGACCGCCAUAAGGACAGGCAUACCGAGGUGGGGACCGAUGUGAAGUGUGUUUGGGACAAGCCCCGUAAGGAAAGCAAGCCUUGUCGCGUUAAGGAAAUUUGCAUCUCCCACAGGAAAGUUCCACUCAUCCCAAACAAAGAGGACUACCAGCCGUGCCCUACUCUCACCAGUGACAUUAACAGAGAAGUCGAAAAAGAACUGUAUACAAUGUGUCAAGGUACGGGUGCUCUUCUAUUACACACAUUAGACCCCCAUUCAGAUGAGGAGGAAGAUCAUCAUGAAGAUCCGCCUGAUAUGAUAGCUGCUUUGACACACACAAUUCAGACUGGAGAAUCCUUGAUAGGUUAUUUAAGAAAUGUGUAUAACUCUGAUAUUAUUCAGGAAGUUGAGCAGAUCACUUGUGGUCAAAGUGAAAAUGAAUUAUGGUACAAAUACAAUUAUGGUAGAAUAACAUCUUCCUUGUUUUCAAAAGUAUGCCAUUUUAGAGGGGGGGGGGUCAUGAUAAUUACAUCACACGUGAAAUUCUAAAUGAUAACCCCAAUGCCUUAAACACAGAUGCAGUAAGGUAUGGAAGACAGAAUGAAAUUGUAGCUAAACAAUUGUUUUUUGACAUGUAUGCUCGUGAUCAUGUAAAUGCAAAAAUGAGACCUUGUGGCUUAAACAUAUCUCAGCAACAUCCAUUUUUAGGUGCAUCACCAGAUGCAUAUUUGUCAUGCAAAUGUUGUGGGAAAGGUUUAAUUGAGGUAAAAUGCUCCUACUCCCACAGAAAUGAAACACCGUAUGAUGUUGCAGGUG